UGGCUGUGCUGCAGGUGAUCGCGUCGAACCGGGUUCUCCUUAAAACAUCAGGCCAUAUAGACAUAUUCCAUCCAAACUCAACCAACUGAGGCCUUCCGUGGAUCACACGACUCUCGGAUUGCCUUUCCGUUGUCCCUCCUCACUCUGACUGCAAUGGCUGCUUCACUAGAAUGCUAUCGUCAUCGUCAUCGUUAGAUGAAGUCUGACCCCUCACAUCAUCGCUGGGCACUUUCGCUUAGCCGGCAGUUGAGAAGAUCGUACGGAGUAGUAGUCAAUCUUACAACCUCCUCCUAUCUUAGUCUACUUACCUUGCCAUCAUCUGGCCUGAGACGCUCCACUACAAGCUAUGAUGUCAACCUGACCAAUCACUACUUCAGCCCGUCCGCGUGGGCAAACCAUCCUGGGCAACCAAAUCAUUCCCAGCUCCACAGAUUACAAGCUUUCCGGAUGGUCUUUUCCUUGCAGACCGUGGGUAGUCAUAUUACUCACAUCCAUUCGCUCGAAUACAACUUCUUUGAAUGGCUACAGGGCCGUGGGCAACAUACGAAGGAGGAGGUUCCCGUGUGUUCGAGGCCAGCCUCACAGACUUCCGGUCCGCUGCGGUCCAGUGCCGUUGAAACGAAUGGGUCGGUCCACCCGUCAAAUGGAUACCUGCUACACAAUUCGAUACGCUGGUUAUACCCGGCAAAUGGAUUCCACUGACGGGUAUUGUUUCCCCUUGGGAGUGGAAUGGCUAAUUUGGAGUAAAAUCCCAUCACAUCUGCGCCGAC